GAGAGAGAAAGCAGACAGACACAGAGCAGGCAGCAGGAGCCCUUUAACUACUGCUACUCUAACUGCUCUACAUGGAUAAUCUACUGGCUGUUCUCUUACCCAUUCCCUGAAGGGCAUUUCUCUCUGAGUCACCCUAAAAGGAACCUUUUCUUAAUCUGAAGAUCAUUUUGGUACAAAGCUGUGCAGGAAAGAGAUAUAGGCAGAGCCCUUCUUGGAUCCGCCUUUGAUGUUUGAUACACGGGAGAGGAGCAUGGCCCAACUGCAUGGGCUCUGAAAGACUCGGACGGGAUCAUGGAAGGAGAUUGUUUGGUGUUCCUGGGUGGCAGAGAUCUUCAGCGGUCGGCGAUGAGGUGGUCGAUGGAGAUGGACAGACGAAUGUAUGGAUUUAAAUCCUGAAGGUCACCUCUACAGGCCAGCUCCGCCUGAACUUCCCUGUUGAGCCCUCAUCGGUAGACGAUCUCAGCUGAGCCCCUGGGGUGGUUUGAGUGCAUCGAGGCUGAUUGGAGGCGGCUGUCCAUCCUGGAAGGCUCGUUGUGAGGUGAAAGGUCAUCAGUCCAAGCCCAGAGUCCUCUGUAGCCCCAGAGGAGCUGCCCGGCUUCACUUUUACAACAGAGCACCAGUCUCCCAUUCAGGGAGCCCAGACCUACAGGAAGAGAGGGAGAGGAAAUAUACACAGGGGAGAAGAAGACACUCUUCAUGAAUUCCCUAAAAUCGUGAAAGACAAACCGUAUGAGUUGGCUGGCAGUCGUGAGGAGAGGAGCUAUGUGGACAAUAAGCAUGGCCCAGCUCUGUCUCCCGGCAUUCCUUCUCCUACUGGCCUACGCCUUUGUCCAAGCAGCUGCCACCGAGGACGAUGUCACUCCACGACUCAGCUUCACUUACAAUGCAAAUGAGAGGUCAGCCAAGAGAUUCUCUGUGGAUGGGGUCUUCAAUUAUACCUCUCUGCUCCUCAGUAAGGAAGAUAACAUGCUCUAUGUUGGAGCACGAGAGGAGCUCUUCGCCCUCAACCUCUCUGAUAUCAGCAGAGUCAAGCUACAACGUAAUCUGACAUGGAGCACCCAUGAGAGGAAGAGAGAUGAGUGCAGUUUCAAGGGCAAAGACCUACAGACUGAUUGCUUCAAUUACAUCAAGAUUUUACUGCGUGUGAACAGUACCCAUCUAUACGUGUGUGGAACCUACGCCUUCAGUCCAAUCUGUGCUUACAUAAACACAGCUGACUUCACUCUGGUGAGGAGCCAGACUGGGGAGAUAGUGACAGAGGAUGGACGCGGCCGCUGCCCUUUCAACCCUGAGUACAAGUCCACUGCCAUCAUGGCUGAUGGAGAGCUGUAUGCUGGGACGGUCAGUAAUUUCCAAGGAAAUGAACCUAUUAUUUACAAGAGCCUGGGCCAAGGCGCUGCCCUAAAAACAGAAAACUCCUUGAACUGGCUUCAGGACCCAGCCUUUGUGGGCUCUGCCUACAUUCAGGAGAGCCUGCCCAAAGGCAACCCGGUGGGCGACGACGAUAAGAUUUACUUCUUCUUCAGCGAAGCGGGAAAGGAGUUUGAAUUCUUUGACAACACCAUUGUAUCGCGCAUCGCUCGCGUGUGUAAGGGUGACAAAGGAGGAGAGAGGGUGCUGCAGAAGAAAUGGACCACCUUCCUUAAAGCCCAGCUCCUGUGUUCACUGCCUGAUGAUGGCUUCCCCUUCAACAUCAUCCAGGACAUGUUUGUGUUGACACCCAGCCCAGAAGACUGGAAGAACACUGUGUUCUACGGGGUCUUUACUUCACAGUGGUAUAAAGGGGCCUCUGGCAGCUCAGCAGUGUGUGCCUUCACCAUGGACCAGGUGGAGAGGGCCUUCAGCGGCCGUUACCGUGAGGUCAACCGGGAGACCCAGCAGUGGUACACCUACAACCACCCUGUCCUUGAUCCACGGCCUGGAGCGUGCAUCACUAAUGCAGCCCGGGACCAGGGCAUCUCCUCCUCUCUGCAUAUGCCUGACAAGGUACUAAACUUCGUCAAGGACCACUUCCUGAUGGACAGUGUGAUCCGCAGCCAGCCCCUCCUGCUGAAACGCAGCGUCCGCUACACCCAGAUAGCUGUCCACCGGGUCCAGGCCAUCAACAAACACUACAAUGUGCUCUUCAUUGGAACAGAUGAUGGAAGACUCCACAAAGCCAUUAAUGUCAACAACAAGAUGCACAUCAUUGAAGAGAUGAUGCUUUUCACUGAACCCCAGCCUGUACAGCACAUUGAACUGGACUCUGAAAAGGGCCUGCUGUUUGUGUCCUCCUAUUCUGGCCUGGUGGAGGUCCCGGUGGCUAACUGCUCCAACUACCAGAGCUGUGGAGAGUGUGUCCUGUCCAGAGACCCUUACUGUGCCUGGGAAGGGCGGCAGUGUCUGAAUGUCAGGCUGGGUGGACUAGAAAACCACUGGCAGCAGGACGUGGACGAGGCAGACACAUCCGUUAUCUGCAACAAGACACAGCCCAGCCCUCGCUUUGCUAAACCCCCACCCACACGGAUGUCUUCAUGCCAGGUGAUAAUGAUCCCAGCCAACAUGUUCAAAGUGCUGCCCUGUAAGCUGCGCUCCAACCUGGCUGAGAGGAAGUGGGAGUACAGUGAGGGUGCAGGUCACUUCCUGUACCCCAGUCCUGAGGGAGGUCUAGUGGUGGUGGCCCAGGCUGACAGACAGGAGACCUAUGAAUGCUGGUCAGUGGAGGAGGGCUUCAGGCAACUCCUGGCCAACUACUGUGUUAGGGGAGAGGCCAGGCAGGAGAGCACCACCCUCAUUGGCCGCUCACGCACCCCUCUGGUACAACAGGAGGAGCCAAUCAUCCUACCUGGAGAGACCCGCUCCCCACAGAUCAACACCAAGACCUACUGGAACGAGCUCAUCAUAGUGUGUGCCCUGCUGGGCUUCUCCCUGGUGGUCUUCUCCCUAUUUGCGGUCUACAGGAACCACGACCGCAUGAAGUCCAUGCUGAAGGAAGGCGAGUGCCCCAACAUGCAGCAGAAGAAACCCAGGCUAGUGGGGAAUCCGGCAGAGAACUUGCCUCUGAAUGGCAACAGCACAGUGCCAGCCUCUGUGUCAGACCACAAGGGUUACCAGACCCUCAAUGACAACUACAUCUGCAACACACCGCCACAUGAGUGCUCAUCACCAGACAACAGCAAGAGCUUCUCCGAGUCAGAAAAGAGGCCUCUGAACUUGAAGGAGAGCACUGUAGAGAUCUCGCCCAUCUGCCCGCGGCCUCGGGUGAGACUGGGCUCAGAGAUCAAAGAUUCCAUUGUGUGAGGACAGCUUUGAUCAACUUGAGCAGGAGAUAAAACCCUAAUGUGGAGUGAUUAACUAUUAGCCAUAAGAAAAGGGGGACUUACAGUAAAAUAAAAACAUAGAAGGAAGGAACACUGAAGAGGGACAUUUCAUUACACUGCUUUUGCACUUUUGUCUUUUUCAUUUUGUCCCUGUGGUCAGUUCUCAUUUCCUUGUUGUCACUCCUCUUUCUCUAGUGCACCUGAAGCACAAUGAAGAGGAAGGUGAUACAGAUUGCCUUCAGACUAUUGAAGCUGUGGAAUGAUGGUUAUGGUGGACAUAGGACACAUACAGCUGAUUUUGUCCUUCUGUAACAGUUUUUAUAUGAUUCAGUCAUGUUGUUUUUAUGCAUUGCCACUCAGUCCGUCCAAAUGUUCUGGUGGCAUUGCAUUGAAAGUAGGGAGAUACUCUAGAGCUGACCCUUAACGCUCCCAUCUACAUCCACAAUUAGUGUGCGCUUAGCCCUACACUGAGAAUGAUAGUAGAAUAACAAACAACCUCUAAUUCAAACACUAUAGUAAGUAGAUCAAUAGGCCUUUCACUGAUGACUUAGUUAUAACAGCAGUCUAUCAGCUAUUAAUUCAAAGCAGUUUAAACUGUGGAUGACCUUAGUGCAGCAUAACGAGGCAGACAUUAGAAUGGAAUCCACUGGUCAAGAGAGGGCUGACCAUCCCAGAGAGACAUGGAAAGGAACCAAUGAGGAAGGAAUGAAAGAGGUAGGGACCACCUGGCAUGAGGUGUGGAAAAAAGAGCACGCAACAGAAUAACAUAAUACUGGAGAGGUGUUGUUGUCGAGGUUCUCUGCCCUGCUCCAUCAGGAGCUUAGAGAUUAAGUCAAGACUUGAAUGACUAACAUGUCUUGUGAAGGAGUAAAGAGAGAAAGCAACACUAUCCCCCCAAAUGGAGAGUAGCACAGAUGGGGUUUGUACAUCCAAAGGUAUUGAAGGAUAUGGUGCCUAACAUGCUGACCAGACCGGACACGUCGCGUGUGCGAGCGUUGCAAAAUAGAUUUACACAUAUGUUAUUCAAUCAUUGCACCCACACUGCUCGCUCGUAUCAGCGAGCGUCUGCUUGGCCAGGCGGUAAAAUAGAAAUUGGUUCUAUUUGUGACACCUCAACUCGCUGCAAGUCCAGCCUCUCCCAUCUCCUCAUUGGUUUUUAGAAGCAUAUGCCCACAUGCCAUCUCCUCAUAGGUUUUUAGGAGCAUAUACCCACGUGGGUGAUUGAAAGAUUAACUUAGGUCUACACUCCGGUAGGUUGUAGUAAUGCACUGUAAAGUUGGUUGUCAACCGCCAUAUUAAAUCCAAAAUAAGAAGAAGAAGCCUGAGAAAGGAGGAGAGAUGACGAGAAAGGAAUUCAGUUUACCGUUUUAUCUGUGGAUUAAUUGUUGGAGUAGAGGACAUUGUGCAUUUCAUCUAAAAUAACAAACUAAUGUUUAUAUCCCAGGACAAAUUAGCUAGCAACAGCAAGCUAGCUAGUUAAAUUGACACAAAUGUUUCAUGCUUUUCGACCUGUCCCCAAAUGUAAUAUAAUUGGUUCAGAGUUUGUUUUGAUAUUUCAACCUGCGUGUCCUGAUCGCUUCUGGUGUGGGUGAACAAAAUCAACGUGCGUGUGUCCGGUUUGGUCAGCAUGUAAGUUAUGUGUACGAUUGACAUUCACAGGGUUGAAGCGUACCCCUGACAUUGGGGAAGACCCGAGACCAGGUAUUAACAUAUGAUUCAUUAUGGAGCCAACAGAUUAUGCAAAGCACACAAUGUGAAGUGGGGUGCAAGGUCACACCAAAAGAGAAUCUCAUCUUGAGACUGUGCAGGCGCAUAGGUGUCCACACAAUCUUGAUUAUUGAGAAUCAGAGGCAUUAUACCCACAUAUAAUUUAGUAUGCAAAAGAUUGAGCCCUUUCUGUGGCAUAGCGGAAUGGGAUGAGAGAGAGCUUAUCACUAGGCCUGGAGUUGCUGUAGCUAGGCUGAGAUCCCGGUAUAAAAUGCUGACUAGUUCAGUUUGUCAGUCAGAAACUGAUUCCUUCGAUCCAAAUUCAGUCACUUCAGACACCAAGUUAAUGUGGGCUGAGACUGUGUAAAAACCUGUUCACCACUUUACUUAGAUAACUCUUUCCUGGCCCUGUGAUUCAGAGGCUAGUAGACAGCAGAGGUUGAAGAACCACAUGUAGAGUGUGGCAACACAACAGAGUCAGCCAGUGGAGUAUGGAGCUCUUGGUGUUGAUGAAUGUGACUCACACACCCAGAGGAAACCAUGCUCUGUGUUCAUUUAUGUUGUGCCAAAAAUAACCUUUUUAAAAUGUGUAUUCUGUUUUCAUCCUUUCCAACACAACUGUCAUGUCAAAUCAAUGUUUUAUGUUUAAUGGGCCUGACCGAUUCAGCAUGUAUCAAACAGUAUGUAUCAAACCAUUCAUAACGUAGCCAUUCAGUGUAUAUGAAAGCUGCCAUAGUUACCAACAUCACCUCUGGUUAUCAUGACACUAAUGACUGUAAACUGGGUUUUACUAAUAUGGAGCCAAGGCUUUCACAGCAGUUAUGGACCAGUCAAUGGAGGAAUGUCUUUUAAAAUAAAAAUGAACAGAUAUUGUGAAAGGAUGGAACCUGCAUAAAUAAUCAUCCAAAAGCAAGGGCUUUCAUUGAGGCAUUACCUAAUAACAGAUAUACGUUUUCAGCUGUUCAAGAUUGGAAACAAUAAUUCUAAAGGCACAAUUUAAGAAUAUAGAUUUCAUAUUCCAAAGAUGUAGCUAUGUCAGUGCAAAAUUAUGGUAAACUCUUGCAACAUUGCGUUGUGGAAUGUAGUGAUAGAAAUUGUUUCGGAAUAAUUGUAAGUAAAACAAUGUUGUCUUAUUUAAGUUUGACAUUUGUACAAGGGCCUUACAAUUUUUGACAAAGUAGCUGUGAAAAAAGCAUACUGCUAAUGGACUGCUGUGGUGGCUGAGUGUAUAUAAUGUACAUUUGUAUUGUAGUUGAGUGGACUAGUGAAAGUUGUAUCAUUGCGGUCAAAGUGCAGAACCAGCAAAAAUCUUGACUCAAAAUGCGUUGUUUUUGCACAGGAUGUUGGAAAGCCUUAGUUUGGAACACGGAUGUUUUUUUUCGUUGAGAAUGAUGUAUUACAUAUUCAAUGGAUUUUUUUUCAUGCCUUCAAGCUAAAUUCAGGAAUCAAGAGUUGUGCCUCUUGGGGUUCUAAAAUGUGUACUCAUGACCUUGUGACAUUACUCAUUCACAUGGACAACCAGGUAGCAGCAGCAUCACCUGCAUGAUAGGUACGACAGAAUAGACUGUAGAACUGUACUGGGCAUACCCAACAAUACUAUUAAAACACUGAGUGACUGCCUUUAAAUUAGGAUCAGUAUCUGUACAAAUCAUUAUUUUAGAAUGGCUUUAACCUCAAUCACUUCGUAUUUCUGGGUUGACACUAUUGCAAACCAUUGUUUUUGACUAUACAUUUUAAAAAAUCAACGCUGUCUUUAAAUGCUCCUGAGUGGCGCAGUGGUCUAAGUCACUGCAUCUCAGUGCAAGAGGCGUCACUACAGUCCCUGGUUCGAUUCCAGGCUGUAUCACAUCCGGCUGUGAUUGGGAGUCCCAUAGGGCGGCUCACAAUUGGCCCAGCGUCGUCCGAGUUUUGCCGGGUUAGGCCGUCAUUGUAAAUAAGAAUUUGUUCUUAACUGACUUGCCUAGUUAAAUAAAUGUAAAAUAAAAAAAUAUAUUCACUACCAUUCAAAAGUUUGGGGUCACUUAGAAAUGCUCUUGUUUGUGAAAGAAAAGUUUUUUAAAAAGUUCAUUAAAAUAACAUCAAAUUGAUACUGUGUAGACAUUGUUAAUGUUGUAAAUGCCUAUCUACAUAGGCGUACAGAGGCCCAUUCUCAGCAGCCAUCACUCCUGUGUUCCAAUGGCACGAUAUGUGUUAGCUAAUCCAACUUUAUCAUUUGAAAACGUUAAUUGAUCAUUAGAAAACCCUUUUGCAAUUAUGUUAGCACAGCUGCAAACUGUUAAAGAAGCAAUGAAACUGUCCUUCUGUAGACUAGUUGAGUAUCUAGAGCAUCAACAUUUGUGGGUUCGAUUACAGGCUCAAAAUGGCCAGAAACAAAGACCUUUCUUCUGAAACUCGUCAGUCUAUUCUUGUUCUGAGAAAUGAAGGCUACGUGCCAUUGGAACACAGAAGUGAUGGUUUCUGAUAAUGGGCCGCUGUACGCCUAUGUUUAUAUUCCUUUUCUUUUCUUUUUUUAUCGGCCGUUUCCAGCUACAAUAGUCAUUUACAACAUUAAGAAUGUCUUCACUGUAUUUCGGAUCAAUUUGAUGUUAUUUUAAUGGACAAAAAACGUGCUUUUCUUUCAAAAACAGGACAUUUCUAUUUGACCCCAAACUUUUGAAAGGUGUGUAUACAUUUACAACUGAAACAUUUAAAAUGUAUGAUUUGUAUUUUGUUACAAACAUUGCAAAAGUUUAGAAAUGGCAGUUUGGAUCUGUUGAGUAAAGUGGGUGUUGUCUAAAAUCUAAACAAUAAUACAUUAGCAAAAUCAACCUAAAUAUCUAGCAUACUAGGUUCAGACAUGCAGCAUUUAAAUCUCUUUCGUUUGAUCACCUUUCCAAAUUGAUAUAUACUUGCUUAAGGUUUUUGAGACUGUCGUUAUUAGCUUCUACUGAGUUGCAGUAAGGCACCUCUUGUCACUUGAAGAACCACUUGUCAAGCCUUCUAUUUGUGACAGUGCACCAGGUUUCUCUGACUCGUGUCAAAAUGUCUUGUAAGUUUGUAUGUAAAAGUGUUUUGUAAAUUGAGCUGCCAAUGUAAAAAGCUGUUGUGAACUGUAUUUUUUGUAUUAUACAUCACUACUGUUUGUUGUUUUUGUUGUUCUGUACAUAAAAGCACCUUAUUUUAAUUUUUCAAAUAAAGAUAAAUGGUUACA